AUGAUUAAGAUAAGUCAAGUGACCGUUACCGUCGUUUUCUUUGUGUUGCCAUAUGCUGGAAGAACACAGGUGAGUUAUAGAGAACCAUGCUUUACUCUAAAAAGAAUCGACUGUGUCGUGAAGAAACUUAAUUGGAUGAUUAAUGUGACGGAGGAUCUACUUUUAAGAACUAGAGUGCAUGCAGAGGAGGUGUAUGGGAAAAAGUAUUCACUAGAGGAAAGGUUCACAACAUGGAAAGAAUUAUACGUAUACGUAAAAAACUUUGUGAGAAAAGAGAAGGGUGAUAAAAUGAAGGAAAUAUUAAAUGAGAUGGAGAGUGUUUUCGAAGGUGAAAGCUACUUACGGAAGAAAUUUAACCUUAAUGUUUCUUAUCUGGAGGAAAAGGUGAUGGAUGUUGUAAGAACCGGAACCAGGUAUGCAGCCACAAUGGUGGAGAUGUACAGAGUUGGAUUAGAGGCAGUAUGUAUUGUAAAUAAGUCGCAUGGCUAUUGUGGGGAUAAUGGUGCAUACGUCAAGUGCGGGACAACUUUUGUUGGGAAAGACAUUUCUGACGUCGUUAGAGUGUUGGAAAACAGCUCUGAACACAUCGACUUGUCAUUCCAAAACAGGAAAACACAGAAAGUAGCGCAGAGCGGACACGGAGGCAGCAAGUUGGCCGAUAAAGUUAAUGCGGCGUCCACCUCUUAUGGGCACAUCAUCAAGCACAGAGGAAUAAGAAGUAACUUGGGUAAAUCCAAGGUCAUCACGAAUGGAAACGGCUUGGUAGAGUUUGUUCACUCACCAAGGAUAUUCAAGUCCUUUAUUACACCUCUAAGAGAAAUCAACGACAUCAUCUCCGAAAUUGAAGCCACACCUUCCAAGCUGUUGGAACAAACUUCCAGAAUCGACGCUCUCGAAAAGGAACUCCAGUCAAUCUUCAGCAGCAUCACCAUAUCCACAGCUUAA